CUUCAAAACAAGAACACUAACAUCCCUCGUUAAUAAUUUUCAACGCUACUUGAAUUUGCUGGACAUUAUAUCGUAAUAAACUUCAUAGAGGAGGACAAAUCAGCGCCACUGAUGGUUAGUUACGCAAGUUUAAAUCUAAAGCUUAAGAAUCUCGUUAGCUGUAACACACUGAGCCAUGGGGAAGAGGUACUACUGUGACUACUGUGAUCGGUCCUUUCAGGACAACAUGCACAACAGGAAAAAGCAUUUGAAUGGUAUUCAACAUCACCGAGCGAAGAAGGCCUGGUUCGACCAUUUUAAAGAUUCUGCAGCCGUCCUGUAUGAUGAACAGGCAAAGAAGCCCUGCAGGAAGUUUCUUCAGAAAGGAAUUUGUGAUUUUGGACCAAACUGUAGGUUUUCUCACAUGUCUGAAGAAGAUCUGUUGAACCUAAAACGACAGGUGGAGGGUGACAGACAUCUCAGAGAGAACCCGGACGACAGAGAUCUCUCUGACAGAAAUGUAGAAGAUUGGCUCUCAAGGAGGGAAAAGAACCGAGAUGCUCUCGGUACCAAAAGAGACCUAAAAAAUAAAGAAGGUGGAGACCCGAGCCAAGCACACAGUGACGUACCUCAGCAGCUCCUGUCCAUCCCUGACCUGCCACCGUCACUUCUGCCUCCUCCUCCAGGCGGAUGGAAAUGUGGCAUCAACGUGGAAUGGGGUUGAAACAUCAGAAAAAUCAGACUGAACGACGACAUUCACACACACAUAUUGUGUAAACACAGAGACUCGUAUAGCACAAAAUAUGUGUAGUUUUUUGUUGUGUAUUGUAUAAACUGUAUAAAUUACACUGUAUUUAACGUCUUUGAGUGUUUAUCUACAUCAGUGGUUCUCUAACUUUUUACAGUGGAGUACCCCCUGAAAUAGACUUUUUUAUCAAGUACCUCCAACUCUCACUUCAGCAUUUUUGAUUGAAUAAAAUUAGGAAAGAUUUGUUCCUGUGCAAAAGGCGUCUGUUUAUAUUUACAGAACUUUGUAAACAUUCAUUCAUUCAUUCAUU